UGUAGUUGCAUAGCUGUGUCACUUAUCGUGCCAAAGCCACCCGACCUUCUAAGCUGAGAAAUCUAACGGACUUGUACGAACUAUCACCAUACUUGUAUCUAUCAUGUCGAAACCAACAAUAUCGGAGUAUCUACUUUCAAGCCCCGAGAUAAGCGACCUGUACCAGCGAGCUACUCAAUCUCAAUUUCUUAGCCUCGCUGGCCAGGGCCGGCUAUCCUCGGAGAUUCUAAGCCAGUGGCUAUCGCAAGACCGACUCUAUGCCCAGGCCUACGUCAGAUUCGCUGGAGGGUUGAUCUCUCGUGUUCAGCUACCGACGAAAGUAACUGACCGGGAUACCUCGAAGACCCUGGAAUGGCGCAUUUUGUCAUUGAUACAAACUGCUCUUGCAGGUGUUACGAGGGAGUUGCGGUUCUUUGAGGAAGCUGCUGAGAAAUACGGACUGGACCUCGAAGGUCUCGGACCUGUGGCUGAAGGAGAUAACUUAUCAAAUAAGUCAGCUGGCUUCGCACCCAACAAGGCGACGCAGAAUUACAUCGACUUAUUUGAUUCAUUCGCCGCGCAGCCUCGUGGAGAUGUGUCUAAAACACUCUUGGAUGGAUUAGUCCUACUCUGGACUACGGAGAAGGCUUAUUUGGAUUCUUGGACCUAUGCAAAACGACAGGCUUCGAGCGACACGGAUACUGGAGCGGAUCUGGACGGUGGGGCUUUAAGGAAGGAGUUCAUUCCUAAUUGGACUUCUGACGAGUUUGUGGCUUUUGUGGAUGAAUGCCGGGAGUGCCUGGACGCGUAUGCCGCCACACAAGUCGAUGAUACGGAGGAAGUCAUUGCUGCAGGUUCCAUGGUGCUUUUUAAGAAAGUCCUUGUCUUGGAGGAAUCGUUCUGGCCAAUGAUCGCAUGAUAAUAUUGCUACCACCACUUUUUAAAUCGAAAGUGUUGAUUAACAGCCAGUUCCUGUACUUUUAUAGACUUAGCAGACUAGAAGUAGG